AUGACUGAGAGUACUAAGAAAAUAUCCAUACUUUGCAGGCUUAUUCAGUUGAUAAGCUCAAUAAUUCAGAUUGUGGUUGCAAGUAUUGCCAUUCAUGUUAUUUCUAAGGCUGUUUCCGAAGCUGGCAGAAAAUAUGAGACUACAAACACCAUCCUUUUCCCAGCUCUUGCUAUUCCGAGUGGUGGGGUUGGCAUAAUUUUCUCCAUCGCUCUCUUGACACCAUUUGUGAGGUUCUUAAGUCCUCUCAUUGUAAUCUCAAUGGACAUUAUUGCAUUAGGUUUGUGGUCUACAGCACUCGCUUUGAAUGCCAUUUACUAUGCACAUUUGGAAUGCGAAGACACUUGGCUAAUACUCAAUUGGAGCAACAAUGUGAGACGACAAGAUGCUAUUAUAAAGGAUUAUGGGAUCGAAUUGAACUGCUUCCUUGGAAAGGGUUUGAUAGUUACCAGCGCCUUUGGUUGUGCUCUCUGGGUGGGACUGAUUGUGCUUGUAGCCUGUUAUUCAAUUGUUUAUGCUUACAAGAACCAUUUAUGUACGUCAACGAGAUUCUUUGUUUGUGGUGGAAUCUUCCCCAAGGACACCUCGAAGCUGGAAAUAAUUCUUUACGACUCUCCACUCCAAGACGACUCCAGUGGCUACCAUUACCGUUCCCGAAAGUUUAUGAACAGAGACGAAGGAUCCCCUAAUGCUUGGUAA